CGUAUAAUGUAGUGGACGGAACGCUUCUUUCAACAGCAGCAACAGUUAGUCAGACACCUCGGUAGCUUGAUAGACAACAGAGACGAACCAAUAAAGCUCUUUAGACGCUUUCGUGUAUAUUAGCCACUGUGUUUUAAACCCACUUCUGUCGUCUAGUUAGUUAUCCGAUUUAAUUUAAUAUUUUUACGUUGUUAUUAGUAAACUAGCGGGCUGGUUAAGUUAGCAUUAGCCUAGCUAACAUCCCCGACCAUGAGUUCACUAAACUACUCUCGUCUUGCUAAAGACUGGACGGAGGAAGAAGCUUCCCCUCCAGCUACAGAAGAGGAGGUCUGCUGGACGGAGAAAGAAGCUCUCGUUAAAGAGGAGAAGGAAGAGAAGGUUGUUACAAUACAAAAACAAGUAGAUUAUGAGGCUGUUACAGUUAAAGAAGAAGAGAAAGACGUUUCAGUGAAAGAAGAGGAUGUUACUGUAAAAGAAGAAGAGGAUGUUACUGUAAAAGAAGAAGAGGAUGUUACUGUAAAAGAAGAGGAGGAAGACGCAUUCAGAGUGAAAGAGGAAGACGAUGUUACAGUAAAAGAAGAGGAAGGUGCCGUUUUUGGAGUGAAAUUGGAGGAGGAGGAGAUGACUGUCACAUCGAAAAAGGACGAGGAAGAAGAGGAGGACACUGGAUAUCUGGGCCCGGUUCCCCAAAGCCAUCUUAAGGCAUCCAGUAUUGAUGAUGAAGUUAGCCGUGAAAUGCUUUUGAGAAACCGUUCCCUGAUUAACACUAGAGAGAGACAUGACAAACGUGGAUCCUCUGGGGAGCCUCAACAACAUCAUGAAGCUGACGAGGCAGAGAAGAGUCUCUCCACAUCAGAAAACCUCAAGAAACACCAACGGAAACCCACAGGGAAGAAGUCUCACCACUGCUCUGACUGCGGGAAGAGUUACUCAAGAUUAGAUUCACUAAAAGUACACCAGAGAAUUCACACAGGCGAUACAGCUCACUGCUCUGACUGUGGGAAGAAAUUCACCUCUUCAGCAGACCUAAAAAGACAUGAGAGAAUCCAUACAGGAGAGAAACCUUUUAGCUGUGAUCAAUGUGGGAAGAGAUUUACGCAAUCAAGCUGCCUGAAGGUACAUCAGAGAACACACACUGGAGAGAAACCUUAUAGCUGUGAGCAAUGUGAGAAGAGAUUUGUUACAUCUAGCCGUCUGACUAUACACCAGAGAACACACACAGGAGAGAAACCUUAUAGCUGUGAGCAAUGUGGGAAACGUUUUAAUGUUCGAAGCGGCCUGAAAACACACCAGACAACACACACAGGGGAGAAAUCUUUUAGUUGCUCUGACUGCGGGAAGACCUUUUCAAAAUUAUAUACAUUACAAUUACACCGGACAAUUCACACUGGGGAGAAACUUUAUAGAUGUAAUCAAUGUAGGAAGAGUUUUAAUCACUCUAGCUUGCUGAAGGUACAUCAGAGAACACACACAGGAGAGAAAUCUUUUAUAGCUGUGAUCAAUGUGGGAAGAGAUGUGUUACAUCUAGCAGUCUGACUAUACACCAGAGAACACACACAGGAGGCAUAUCGUACAAUGUGGGAACAUGCUUACAUCUAGCCAUCGGACUGUUCACCAGCAGACACACGAGAGAACCCUUGUAACUGUAAUCAAUGUGGGAAGAGUUUUACUCAGCCAAACAUCCUGAUAUCACACCAGAGAACACAGGAGAGACACCUCGUAGCUGUGAUCGAUGUGGAAAGAGAUACGCUGGUAAAGUAUCUUUGAUUAAACAUCAGAGAAAAUACAUAUAUGAAAGAGUUGUUUCAUGACAUCAAUACAAUAAUGUCACAAUGUAGAAUGUUUUAACAUUGUAGUAGGAGUAUUCUAAUGAUGUCACAAUGUAGAAUGUUUUAAC